AGUCUGUUUGCAAUCCACCAUUUCCAUGCCACACUUUCAAGCCAGGACAUGUUUGCUACCUUGAACAUAAAUCCAAAAAAGGGAACCGAUAUAUCUGCAAACGCACAGAUACUCAGGAUGUGGCUGCUGUUUCCUAUCACAAACACGUGACCUGAGUUGGUGGUUGUUUUUCCACACUGCAAAAGAAAGAAAUCCAGCAAGCUUAGGUGAUAUUUUUGUGUCACUGAACGAUACAAUGAUCUUCCUGACAAGCUGGAUUCCUGUCCUAACUACGUUUCUGCUUCUUUUAUAUUUCUGGAGUGCAAAGGUCUCUGCCUCUGGAACAUCCGAGGAGGAGGAAAUAGACCCCAAGUAUGUUAUCAUAGGAGUUACCCUGGGAGCCUUCCUAGCAAUUGGGUUUUUAGCACUAAAGAUCUGCAUGAUCAAAAGGCAAUUGACUGACAGUGACUUGGUAGAUUCAGACAACAGAGUGGAUAAAAGGUAUCUGCUGCCUUUGCUAGGCCCUGUGGCGUUGCCAGUAAGGCUGGUGAGAUACAGCUUGCUCUUGUCACGCGUGGAAUCAGCUGCGAACAGAGAAGAAGUCAAUUUAUAAGAACAGCAAAAUACAACUGACCUCCAGCCAUUUUGGAAUGGGGUACAUUCAGACUGGACAUUUAACUACUGCUGUACCUGAUCUCUGCAUCAAUGGAAGACUUUCGUCCACGGGGCUGUCUCAGCAGCCCCAAAUUCAGUUUUUUGAAAAAGUGAACCAAGUGACUGAUUACAGGAAAGGCUUUAUAGUGUGCACAACCUAAGGUUAUCUCUGCACUCAGAAAACAUUGUGCACUCAUAUUAUGUGCCUGAGGGGAAUGCAUGAUGGAAAUACACAUGAGAUGGGCUUUGUUCAUUAACAGGUCCUGUUUGGGCUAUGAUAAGUAUAUGAUUUUUUUUAAAUGAAUGAAAUCAAAGGUGCCUCAAAACUAGAGAUGGGUUCAAGCAGCAACGUUCAUCUGCAUUGACAUUGCAAGCACCUCAGAGAUGGGCCUGAAGGGAGAGAAAACGGCAAGAGGGGUUGCUCAGCCCAUUGCAAAUAUAGGGGCCAUUUGGAAAAUGUGGAGUAAGGUUUAGUUUUUGAACACCAGCCCCUUGAUGCAAAAGCUACGGGUGUUCUGAUUUGGGGCCACAAUUCUGUACCUGAACUAGAAGGUAGAGAAAGGAGAUUACUCAUGAUCUUUCUUUAAUAUAUAUUUAGGGCCCUUUGUUUUCAUUUUUUAUUUUAUUUAUUUUUUCCUUGGAAUUUAUCAGUGUUUAUUACCAUAACAACAAAAGCAGGUGAAAAUCAGUGCAAAAAACUAUUACGAAUUUUUUUGUGUAAAUACCAGGUCUAUUUUGGUGGACAGAAAGAUGGGGGGGAAGUAUUCAGUAGAUUUGAAUUCUGUUCAUCAGUGUGGUUUGCUGCGGAACCAAAACAGAACUCAAAACACAAUGCCACCUCUGAGUUUAAGAAAACAAUAUAUCUCUAAUCCCCAAUAAAACUUUUCAUUUGAAUAAACAGUUUACUGUUGUAGACUUAGACCUAUUAGCCUAUAAAUAUUUACAUUUAAUAAUUGGGCCACACCAUGUGCAGCGCGUACACUCAGCUUCAUCCUUUAAGUUGUGAAUCUAAACUUUGUAGCUCUGGCUCAUCUCUACAGACACAUACAUUCUACAAUAUCAUAUUUUAAUCCUAGGCUUGAUUGCUAAAUCUGAAUUUAGAGCCAGCUUCUGCUCUCAGUUACAUCAGUAUCAGUUCUGGAGUAAUUCAGUUGAAAUCAGUGGAGUUUCCCCAGUUCUGCACCAGAAUUUGUCCUUUUAUUCAACACUGCUUUUAGUGGUGGUAGCCUGAACCCCAAACUGGAAACACUGUGUCUCAAUAAGAAGGACUGACCACUUGUUCAUGUGUUUGCCAAACCAUGGAAACGAAGGCCCCAAAUUCAGUAAUGAACAGGAGCAGACUCAGUUGAUCCUACAUGGUUAACCAAGAGCUGAAUGAGGGUCUUAAUGAUCAAUGCACAUUCAUUGCUUGGCCAUAUCAUAACUGCACAGCUGUAAUGCCAAUUUUUUGCACCUGUGAAGAAAAAAUAUGUUUACUGUGUCUAAAAUCAUGACAAAAACAUUAUUUGUUCUAUACUCAGUGAACUGGGGAAUUCCAAAUAUGUCAGUGAAACUAGUCACCGUGGAUCUCUCUGCUUUGAAAUACACCUCAUCUUUCAUUGCUCAGAAUAAGGGGGAAAUGCAGUCGAGACAAAGAAAAGAGCUAUAUUAGAAUGAUUUGCCUUGAUUCCCAAGGUGUCUUUUAUCCGAUUCAAUAGCAAAUGUUGCUAAUGAACUGCUAUGUUAACAGAUCACCUAAAGCAGUAAUGCGAUACUUGUAAGUAAUUUUGUGGGAGUGGGGGAGAGAAUAAACCAUUGUGUAGGGUAUCGAU